GCUUCACACAACUUCAAGGCAAUCCGUUAACAACAGACGUCCAUUAACAAGUAACAACCGAUUUACAUCUACGCUUAAUACAGACACCAUGCAUUCCAUCAAGUUCUUUGUAUUCCUGGCUGUCAUCAUCUUAAGCGAAGCUCAGAGGCCAUUUUACGCUGGUUCAAGACCAAUCGGAUAUCCUGAAACAGCAUCUAAUAGUCUUCUACUCAACCGUUUCGGAGAAAAUGAAGGUCCACUCGAAGCAAGGGGUGACGGAGAUCUGGUGAACAGAUUGAACCAAAUGCCGUUGGAUAAGAGACCAUUCUGGUUUAUCAAUGCUCAAGCUUAUGACGAAUUGAGGAAGAAUCCACAAACUUAUCCUGUAGCUCAGAAUUCUUUUGCUAACAAAAAUUGAAAAGAUACCGGCCAGUUGGAUUUGUGUUGAAAUUCUAAAUUCAAUGAAAAAAUGAGAAAGCGGAAAACGGACGAUAUUCGUGUAUUACUUGUUUAUGAGUAUUAUUAAAAUGUGAUACAAAUACCAAUAUUAUAGUUUUUAAAUGUGUUUAAUUUAUUAA